AAUUCACCACACAAUGCCAAAGGUGUUCAAGAACAAACACCAGAGAAUUCAUCACAGUGCCAAAAGUGCUCAAGAACAAGUGCCAGAGAAUUUACUAUACAAUGUUUAAGAACAAACACUAGAGAAUUCAUCAAAGUACUGAAAGUGCCAAAGAACAAACACCGGAGAAUUCACUACAUAAGACCGAAGGUGUUUAAGAACAAACACAAGAAAAUUCAUCACAGUGCCGAAAGUGCCCCAAGGACAAAUGCCGGAGAAUUCACCACACAACACCGAAGGUGUUUAAGAACAAACACCAGAGAAUUCAUCAAAGUACUAAAAGUGCCCAAAAACAAAUGUUGGAGAAUUCACCACAUAACGCCGAAGGUGUUCAAGAACAAACACCAGAGAAUUCAUCAUAGUGCCAAAAGUGCCCAAGGACAAACACCAGAGAAUUCACCACAUAAUGCCGAGAACAAACACCAGAGAAUUCAUCAUAGCACCGAAAGUGCCAAAAGACAAAUGCUGGAGAAUUUACUACACAACGCCAAAGGUGUCAAGAACAAACAUCAGAGAAUUCAUCAUAGUGCCCAAGAACAAACGCCGGAGAAUUUACUACACAAUGCCAAAGGUAUUCAAGAACACUAG